CUGGAAAUCAACAUUAUUUGCAGGAAAACGUCGAUACUUUAUUUUCAUACACUCGCUUCAAAAAUGGCUGCGCCCAUAUUCUUUCGAGGAGCUAAAGGUAUUUGGACUGUUGAUGGUGCAACAUUUACUGCGGACAUUGCAAAUUACAUUGAUGAAAAAAACUCUUGUAGGUGCAUGAUCUUUUCUGAAGAUGGAUCCAAAUUUGCUUGGUGCAAUGCUGAUAGUACUUUUCUGCUGGACACAAGAACAAUGGAAGUCAUUUAUGAUUUACAACAGCCUAAAGUGGUGGCACUCAAGUUUUCUCCCAAAGGGACUGUAUUGGCGUGCUGGAGUAAUUAUACUGUAAAUCGUGAGGCCGGUAGUGGCAAUCCAAACCUUCAUCUUUAUGAUGUAACUACUGGUGUCGUGAAGAAAUCACUUAUACAGAAAAAACAACAAAACUGGGAGCCUCAAUGGAGUGCAGAUGAAGGAAUAUGUUGUCGCAAUGUCAAUAAUGAACUACAUUUUUUUGAGUCUAAUAAUUUUGACACAAUUGUUAACAAACUUCACCUACAAAAAGUCUCAAGCUUCAGCUUAGCCAAUAGCACAUCUCCAUAUGCUGUGGCUACAUAUGUGCCUGGCACCCAGGGCCAGCCAUCUUUUGCUAGAAUCUAUCAGUAUCCAAACUUUGCUGGGAAUAAUGCUGUUUUAGCUAAUAAAAGUUUUUUUAAGGCAGACAGAGUUAAUUUUUUCUGGAAUAAAAUUGGAAACAGCCUUCUAGUUCUGACCUCAACUGAAAGUUCAGAUAGCUCAUAUUAUGGAGAACAAGGACUUCACUUUUUAUCUAAAACUGGAGAAAGUUGUAUUGUACCACCACAAAAGCAAGGCCCAGUAUAUCAUGUAGAGUGGUCUCCCUGUAACACAGAGUUUAUUGUUCUACAUGGAUACAUGCCAGCAAAAACAACAAUCUACAACUUAAAAUGUGAGCCAGUAUUUGACUUUGGGACUGGUCCUAGAAAUAUUUGUAGCUUCAACCCUCAAGGAAAUAUCCUCUGUCUUGCUGGCUUUGGAAAUUUGGCUGGUAAUUUAGAAUUCUGGGAUAUGAAAAGUAAAAAGCAGAUAGUGAAAGUGCAAGCUGCCGACACAACCUAUUUUGAAUGGAGUCCAGAUGGUCAGUAUAUGCUGACUGCUACUACUGCACCAAGACUCAGAGUAGGAAAUGGAUUUCGCCUGUGGCAUUAUACUGGUAGACUGAUGGUUCAGCAUACCUCCCCUGGUCAAGCAGAAAUUUGGCAGGCUGCCUGGCAACCAGUUCCUCUAGAAGCAAAGUCAAAUUUUACUGUCAGCUUAAAGCCUGUCUCUAGUGAUGUUGAACAACCAAAAGUUCAAUCAGCAGCUUACAGACCACCUCAUGCAAGGAAUUCUGGAUCUGCCCAACCCACAGUCAAACCAUUGCAUGAUUAUGAACCACCAUCAAAUGUUAAGAAAAUUGAAGGUGAUAAAACACCAAGUAAAAAUAAGAAAAAAAGGGAAGCUCGCAAAGCAAAAGCUGCCAUGGAGGGAGAGAAUAAAGAGGAGAAUCCAGGAAGUAAUACAGUCAGCUCCCAAGUCUCUGACUUUGUCAGCUUAGGGGACCCUGAAGUAGAUAAAAAACUUAGAAGUUUGCAAAAGAAAGUUCAGCAGAUUGAAAAGUUAAAGGAGCAACAAGCAUCAGGAAAACAGAUGGAAAAAAAUCAGCUGGAUAAAAUCAAGACUUUAGAUGGAAUCCUCCAAGAAAUUAAUCAAUUAAAACUUGGUGGGAACUGAUGCUUUUAUGGAUACUCUCGCCAAAGACAAUGAAAGAACUUGUUUACAAAUAAGUUUGAUCUUAAUACAUUUCAAGUCAAUUUAGGAUGGGAAAUAAAUAUGUUUGAAAGAUA